AACAUGGUUCAUUAAUGAAAUUAUUGUGGUGUUUAAGAUGCUCCUCGUAUAGAAUACUUUGGUGUCACGUCUGGGGACAGAACCGUGACCGUGACGGAACACGACAACGUGACACUGCAGUGUAACAUCAGCAGUUAUCCGGCUUCUACUAUAGAGAUCAGGAACAAGACCUCCAGCAUAGGAAGAAGGAAGAUCAGCAACUAUAACCCAGUGCGGAGUUACAAACAAACAAUGAAAGCGAUGCUACUGGAUGUGUCCUGCCAGGAAGGGGGGGAAUACACCUGCUCGGCCGGGAACUUGAUCGGAAAAGCUACCCCACAGACUGUGUUAUUACAAGUCACUUGUGCCCCAAGGCGAUAUUCAUCUUCAUCUGACAAUCUGGUGUUUGCUUCAAAUCUGCACGAAAACGCAACACUAAGUUUGACCGUCAUAGCCUUCCCACCGCCAACCUUCAAGUGGAGGAAAAGGCCAGACUCGAGACCAAUCAAUACCACUGAAGUGAGCACUGAGGGCGUCCUUGUGACAGGAAGUAUCACCAUUUUGGAUGUCAAGGAAGACGACUUUUUGAACUACACUGUCAACGUGGAAAACACAGAAGGCCAAUUGGAAGUGAAGAUAGCUCUGGUUUCCAAAUCCACGCCAAACAUACCAAGCAGCCUGAAAGCGACAAGCACCGGCCCACGUUCGGUAACACUGCAGUGGGAGAAAGCGUUCAAUGGUGGCGCCACACAGAGUUUCAACAUACAGUACAGAGAACCUGGUGGGCAAUGGACCACGCAUCCAACCAGGCCGAGUGAGGACGAAGCCCCUCAACUGGAUAUUGAUGACCUCGAACCUGGAACACUGUACCAAAUUCGGAUGAAUGCUCUGAAUGAUUAUGGCUCCAGCAGCUACACCUCCGUCACAGUGACCACAGAUACGGCAACCACUUCAGGUGUGCCCGUGUACGUUGUGGUCAUCGCGUGUGUGGCGUCAGUGCUCCUCACAGCGGCUGUGUACACUGUUGUGUUGUGCACAAAGGCCAAGUGUCAAUCCCAGACCUUGACAAGCGCGGAAGCUGAGGGUGACAACAAAACUACCAGAGAAGAUGAGAACAAGGGGAAGGAUCUAUAUACCUCACUGAUCCCUGUCAAGGAUGCGUAUGAAAACAUUAACAUCGACAACCAACCACGACCUUCAACGUCAACACCGGCAGCAUCAGCAGAGUCGCCGUCGUCUGAUCCUUAUUACUCAGUCAUUAAAGAUACCACCCUGUGAUACACGUCACCCGCCGACAAGACUCUUUUCAUGACGUCAUUGGUAGCACUGUACACAACAGACUCUGUGUUGUCACCAGCUUAUCAUGGCGUCUUUGGUAGCACUGUACACUACAGACUCUGUGUUGUCAUCAGCUUAUCAUGGCGUCACUGGUAGCACUGUACACAACAGACUCUGUGUUGUCACCAGCUUAUCAUGGCGUCAUUGGUAGCACUGUACACUACAGACUCUGUGUUGUCACCAGCUUAUCAUGGCGUCUUUGGUAGCACUGUACACAACAGACUCUGUGUUGUCACCAGCUUAUCAUGGCGUCUUUGGUAGCACUGUACACAACAGACUCUGUGUUGUCACCAGCUUAUCAUGGCGUCUUUGGUAGCACUGUGCACUACAGACUCUGUGUUGUCACCAGCUUAUCAUGGCGUCACUGGUAGCACUGUACACUACAGACUCUGUGCUGACACCAGCUUAUCAUGGCGUCAUUGGUAGCACUGUACACUACAGACUCUGUGUUGUCACCAGCUUAUCAUGGCGUCAUUGGUAGCACUGUACACUACAGACUCUGUGUUGUCACCAGCUUAUCAUGGCGUCUUUGGUAGCACUGUACACUACAGACUCUGUGUUGUCACCAGCUUAUCAUGGCGUCAUUGGUAGCACUGUACACUACAGACUCUGUGUUGUCACCAGCUUAUCAUGGCGUCAAUGGUAGCACUGUACACUACAGACUCUGUGCUGUCACCAGCUUAUCAUGGCGUCACUGGUAGCACUGUACACAACAGACUCUGUGUUGUCACCAGCUUAUCAUGGCGUCAUUGGUAGCCCUGUACACUACAGACUCUGUGUUGUCACCAGCUUAUCAUGGCGUCAAUGGUAGCACUGUACACUACAAACUAUGUGUUGUCACCAGCUUAUCAUGGCGUCAUUGGUAGCUCUGUACACUACAGACUCUGUGUUGUCACCAGCUUAUCAUGGCGUCAUUGGUAGCACUGUACACUACAGACUCUGUGUUGUCACCAGCUUAUCAUGGCGUCUUUGGUAGCACUGUACACUACAGUCUCUGUGUUGUCACCAGCUUAUCAUGGCGUCACUGGUAGCACUGUACACAACAGACUCUGUGCUGACUCCAGCUUAUCAUGGCGUCAUUGGUAGCCCUGUACACAACAGACUCUGUGCUGACUCCAGCUUAUCAUGGCGUCAUUGGUAGCACUGUACACUACAGACUCUGUGUUGUCACCAGCUUAUCAUGGCGUCAAUGGUAGCACUGUACACAACAGACUCUGUGUUGUCACCAGCUUAUCACGGCGUCAUUGGUAGCACUGUACACUACAGUCUCUGUGUUGUCACCAGCUUAUCAUGGCGUCACUGGUAGCUCUGUACACUACAGACUCUGUGUUGUCACCAGCUUAUCAUGGCGUCAUUGGUAGCACUGUACACUACAGACUCUGUGUUGUCACCAGCUUAUCAUGGCGUCAAUGGUAGCACUGUACACUACAAACUAUGUGUUGUCACCAGCUUAUCAUGGCGUCAUUGGUAGCUCUGUACACUACAGACUCUGUGUUGUCACCAGCUUAUCAUGGCGUCAUUGGUAGCACUGUACACUACAGACUCUGUGUUGUCACCAGCUUAUCAUGGCGUCUUUGGUAGCACUGUACACUACAGACUCUGUGUUGUCACCAGCUUAUCAUGGCGUCAUUGGUAGCACUGUACACUACAGACUCUGUGUUGUCACUAGCUUAUCAUGGCGUCAAUGGUAGCACUGUACACUACAGACUCUGUGCUGUCACCAGCUUAUCAUGGCGUCUUUGGUAGCACUGUACACAACAGACUCUGUGUUGUCACCAGCUUAUCAUGGCGUCAUUGGUAGCCCUGUACACUACAGACUCUGUGUUGUCACCAGCUUAUCAUGGCGUCAAUGGUAGCACUGUACACUACAAACUAUGUGUUGUCACCAGCUUAUCAUGGCGUCAUUGGUAGCUCUGUACACUACAGACUCUGUGUUGUCACCAGCUUAUCAUGGCGUCAUUGGUAGCACUGUACACUACAGACUCUGUGUUGUCACCAGCUUAUCAUGGCGUCUUUGGUAGCACUGUACACUACAGUCUCUGUGUUGUCACCAGCUUAUCAUGGCGUCACUGGUAGCACUGUACACAACAGACUCUGUGCUGACUCCAGCUUAUCAUGGCGUCAUUGGUAGCCCUGUACACAACAGACUCUGUGCUGACUCCAGCUUAUCAUGGCGUCAUUGGUAGCACUGUACACUACAGACUCUGUGUUGUCACCAGCUUAUCAUGGCGUCAAUGGUAGCACUGUACACAACAGACUCUGUGUUGUCACCAGCUUAUCACGGCGUCAUUGGUAGCACUGUACACUACAGUCUCUGUGUUGUCACCAGCUUAUCAUGGCGUCAUUGGUAGCACUGUACACUACAGACUCUGUGUUGUCACCAGCUUAUCAUGGCGUCAAUGGUAGCACUGUACACUACAAACUAUGUGUUGUCACCAGCUUAUCAUGGCGUCAUUGGUAGCUCUGUACACUACAGACUCUGUGUUGUCACCAGCUUAUCAUGGCGUCAUUGGUAGCACUGUACACUACAGACUCUGUGUUGUCACCAGCUUAUCAUGGCGUCUUUGGUAGCACUGUACACUACAGACUCUGUGUUGUCACCAGCUUAUCAUGGCGUCAUUGGUAGCACUGUACACUACAGACUCUGUGUUGUCACCAGCUUAUCAUGGCGUCAAUGGUAGCACUGUACACUACAGACUCUGUGCUGUCACCAGCUUAUCAUGGCGUCUUUGGUAGCACUGUACACAACAGACUCUGUGUUGUCACCAGCUUAUCAUGGCGUCAUUGGUCGCCCUGUACACUACAGACUCUGUGUUGUCACCAGCUUAUCAUGGCGUCAAUGGUAGCACUGUACACUACAAACUAUGUGUUGUCACCAGCUUAUCAUGGCGUCAUUGGUAGCUCUGUACACUACAGACUCUGUGUUGUCACCAGCUUAUCAUGGCGUCAUUGGUAGCACUGUACACUACAGACUCUGUGUUGUCACCAGCUUAUCAUGGCGUCAUUGGUAGCACUGUACACUACAGACUCUGUGUUGUCACCAGCUUAUCAUGGCGUCAAUGGUAGCACUGUACA